AUGGCAAUGGCUCCUCAACAUAUACAAUUAUUGCAAUCAUUUCGAAAAGUCAUACCACCACUUUUAUUUGAUACACAUAAAGGUGAAGCUGGUCGUAUUGGUGUUGUGGGUGGAAGUGAAGAAUAUACAGGUGCACCAAUUUUUGCUAGUAUGGCAGCAUUUCGAACAGGUGCUGAUCUUGUUCAUGUUUUUUGUGCAAAAAAUGCUGCUAUACCAAUAAAAAGUUUUUCACCUGAUCUAAUUGACUCAAAAUCUUUUUCGGAUGAUAUAGGUAAAUGGUUACCACGUUUACAUGCAUUAGUUAUUGGUCCUGGAUUAGGACGAGAUGAAAACAUUUUAUCAAAUGUUGAACAAUUAAUUGGAAUUUUACGUAAACAAGAGCAACCAAUACCAAUUGUUAUUGAUGCUGAUGGUCUUUAUUUAAUAACUGAAAAACCUCAUCUUAUAAAUAAUUAUGAAAAUUGUAUAUUAACACCAAAUAUUAUUGAAUUUGAACGCUUAUAUGAAAAAGUAUCUGGUGCAAAAUCUGAAGAAAUAAAAAAAGAAGAUGAUAAAAAAAAAUUAGUCCAAAAAUUAGCUGAAGCACUUCAUGUUAAUGUUCUUAUGAAAGGACAUUUAGAUACAAUAUCAUCACCAAAUAAUCAAGAACCAAUACAAUGUGGUAUUGAAGGUUCACCAAGACGUUGUGGGGGUCAAGGAGAUUUAUUAGCUGGAGCUUUGGCUGUUUCAUAUUAUUGGGCAAUAAAAAGUCGUGACAAAUUUGAAUAUCAAGCAUCGAAUUCAGAGAAAUCAUCGAUAACUAAUGAACGUCCACAUUAUUCAUUGAAAUUAACUCCAGCUCAAGUAGCAGCUUAUGCUGCUUCAACACUUGUUCGUACUGCGAGUCAAGCAGUUUUUAAUAAACUUGGUCGCGCAAUGAUCAGUGCAGAUGUAUUAAAAGAGAUUGGACCAACAAAUAAACCUGCUAUUUAUUUUAAAAGUCUUGUUAUUUUUAAGAUGAAUAAACCAAAUAUAUACGCAUUUCCACAACCAAUUUUAACCGAAGAGCCUUCAACAUUAUUAGGUACAAUACGUAAUUUUGUAUCUAAUAUAAUUGCACCAUUUCAACAAGAAUAUCGCUAUUGGCCAUGGACAAAAAUAGGAACAGUCAUUGUUGUAUGUGUUGGUUCCUAUACACUUUAUAAAUAUUUACCUGGACCUUAUCGACGUUAUUAUAUGUCAUCAACGAAGAAUUUUUCUCUUCGUUAUAAUAAAGCACUUCAUUUAGAAAAAGAAAAACUUUUUGAUGAAUUAAAAUAUGUGAAAAUAAGAGAAGAAGGAAGACGACUUCAAGUAGUUGAAAUUGGUGCCGCACAUGGUGCUAAUAUGCAGUAUUAUCCUCCACAUCUUGUUGAAGUUAUUUGUGUUGAACCAAUGAGAGAAUUUGAAAAAUAUUUAACACAAACACUUCGACAAAAUCCAAAUGUUCAAUGUAGAGAAUUAUUAGUAGGUAGUGCAGAAAAUAUUUCUGUUAUUCGAGAUAAUCAAGUUGAUGCAGUUGUAUCAACUUUAACACUUUCUUGUUGUAAAAAUAUUGAUCAAACAUUACGUGAAAUUCGUCGCAUUCUUAAGCCUGGUGGUGUUUUCCUCUAUAUGGAAAAUAUUCGUUCACCGAAUAUUUUCUUUGCUGCUAUUCAAUAUCUUUGCUCACCAAUAUAUAAAUUAUUAUUUGGUAUUUCAUUAACAAGAAAUAUUCCGGAACAUAUUGAACGAGCACAUUUUAAUGGUGGUAUAACACAACAUAUAUUUAUUGCACAUGGUAUUCCAUUUCUUUUAAGUCCCCAUGUAUCGGGUAUUGCACGAAAAUGA